AUGGGUCGAGGAGUGUUUACUAAAGUGUCUAUAUCUAUAUCUGCUGGAGACAGUCACACUAUACUCAGUGCACUACCUAUAGCACAUUGCAGUGUGGAGGAGGCUAGAGGCGCUCUCUGUGAGCACUGCUUCUACAGAUCAGAGUCACCACUGAAGAAGUGCAGCCGAUGCAAGUUUGUUUAUUAUUGCAACACCGAAUGCCAGUGUAAGAUUGUGAGAGGUGUGAAGGAGGUGGCACCGGCACCGUUUAUAAGACUAGCCCUCCGAGCGCUCGCCAUAGACACUCAACACCUCUGCUCACUUCCUAGUGACUGGUACUCGAGCAGAGAACAAUUGGCUGCACAGCUAUUGAUAACUGACACUGCUUAUCUCUGCAAUCAUCCUCGGGAUGUCAUCCACCAGCUGUUCCGGAAGUUGGUCUGUAAUCAAUUCUCAGUGACGGCUGGGGACGAAAUGUCUCCAGUAGGCGUGGCCUUGUACACCACCCCCUCUCUGCUGAACCAUUCCUGUCGUCCUAACACCCUUGCUCUCUUUAAUGGACGACAAAUACUCUUCAAGGCUGUCAGGGAUAUAAAUCCUGGAGAGCAACUGUUCAUUUCCUACACUGACACAGUGCAAUUGCUGAGUGAGCGUCAAACUGAUCUACAGAAGGGGUACAACUUCACCUGUGCCUGUGAGAGAUGCUUGGAGGACAUCAGCAAAUCCCCCGGAUGCUCUGAUCGAUUGCUCUUAAUGGAUGCCAAUGGAAAGGAAGUCCCCUGCUCAUUAAGGCAGGAUAUGGAAAAAAAGCUGGAAGAGUUGAAUGGGUUAAAGAAACGUGGAGAGUGGCAGGUGAUGUAUGACAAAGGCAGAGCUCUAUAUACGAGGCAUUUGACACAACUAUCCCCUGACAAUAUUCUGGGUCUACGUCUUAUGUACCAUCUGAUCCGUGCCGGUCUUGAGUUGUGUCUCUGGGAGGAGGCGCUCGAAUACAGCAUCAAACUAUUGGAAUCAUCUCUCCGUCAAUUUGGGCCCUUUAAUCCUAUGAGUGUAGUCCAUCUACUUCGAACUGGUAAGUUGAGACGAUGUUUAGGAACUACUGACCAACUGAUCCUAUCACUAGCCGACUUCACCAAGGCUAAGACGGCAGCUCUGAAUCUGUACGGAGCUGACCACUUCUUCACUCUGAGAGCAGCCGAAUUGCUGACCCACUCUCAACUUGAACUAGAUAUAGCUCACAUGUGCAUUCAAUAAUCUAGACACGAUUGUUGGGUUUGUUUUUUAAUGCAAGUCUUAAGUAGUAUGGUAUGUCAAGUAAUAAUUCAAUGGACAAGGUUGUUUGCUUG